CGGCAUGUUCUGCGAGCCCUGGAUGAACAACUGCGUGCAGCAGGUCAACCUGCCAAACAAGGGAUGCCAGAAGGUCAUGGAAAGGGUGAACCGGACGCUGGCCUCCCGUGUGAGGGGUCAGCUCAGCUCGGAGGCCAAGCAGCAGGCGCUCUUCAGCCUGUUGGGCAAGGAGUUUGUGCGACAGCACUUCCCGCACCACAAGUACAGCCCGCAACUGCUGGAGCCGCCCAAGAUGCCGCCGGCAAGCAAGGAGAAGCACCUGCGCGACAUGCGCGAGUACCUGACAACGGAGCUGCACGGCGCCAUGCGGGAGUGCGGAUAUCCGGAUGACCUGGGCGACUACAAGGCCGAAGACGAGCUGGGCAGCUUCGUCAGAGAGGUCAAAGCCAUCUUCAGCGCCGGCUUGCAGACGGAGAUCGGCCGCGUCAUGGAUGACGAGAAACUGCAGUCGGCCAAGAUCCGCAAGGAGAAGGACGAGUUCCGCGACCGUGAGGAUGACGCCGAUUCGUCCGACACUGACGAGGAUGAGGAGCUAGGCAAGCGGAAGAAGAAGCACACCAAGCUGCGACCCAGUGAUGUGGCCGGGCGCGCCCUGCUGACGGUCCUUGCUCGUGACCCCGGCCAGGCAGUGGCCCUCCCCAGCAGGCUACAGGGCCAGUAUCCGCUGCUGUCGCGGCCCGUACGUCGCCACGUCUGGCUGACACACCUGCUCCAGGAGGAGAACAAGCGGCACGUCAGCGUGGCCGACGCCGAGCCCAAGCUGCUGGACGGCUUCAAGAAGACCCUGACCAAGAGGACCAAGGAACAGAAGGGACAGAGGGCGAACCGCAGCCCGCAGUGGAAGCUCAUCGAUAACGUGCUUAUCGAAGCUUAUGACCGCUCGCUGCCGCUUCGGCCUCUCGACUGCGACGAUCACUUGAUCCUGGCGGCUCAGGCUCUGAACGUCCUCAACACCUUCAACAAGAACUUCACCCACACGCAGCCGUACUGGCUGUGUCCGCUGCAGCUGACGAUGGAGCCGGAGGCGGACUCUGAGGAGUACGUCAUCAAGCUGGCUGUUUACCUGGACCUGCUGCUGCGCCACUGCAAGCCGCCGACAGAGCAGCUUUUCAAAAUCGCCGACCGCGUCAUGGACAAUGUGAAAGCGAAGGAUCCGGAGUAUCACAAACACCUGCAGGAGAUCUGCAAAAACCGGCCAAAGGUCGUCAUUCAGGACUUCAUUCCGGAGCUGUUGAACAAGGAUCACAAGGCUGGAGUGAAACAGUAUAACGAGAUGCUGGAGCUGUUGAAGAAAGGCAAAGAACUGAGCAGUAAGCAGGCGGAGCAAUUUGCGGAUCCCAAGAUCUUCCUGCGCAAGUGGCUGGUCCAGGGGUUCGUCGGCAUACUGAGCGUGACCGGACUGCAGCUCAUGUGGGACCAGCUGUUCCUGCGCGACUGGAACCGGGAGCUGCUCUACCACAUAGCUGUGGGCGUGCUGCAUCUCAUCCGGCCCUGGAUGAUGAGGGCGACCUCCUACAGCGGUGCCAAAAAGGUGUUCCUGGAGGAGCCGGGGAAGCUGUACACGAUGGACCUGCGCAAGGCGUUCAUCCACCUGGUGGGCGGCGGCAAGUACGGCGACCUGCCAGAGAACAAGAACUACAUCCGGCCGCCGACGCCGCGGAAGACCAUCCUGCCGCCCGUGAAGGAUGCGGCUCCACCGUCGCCGCCCAAGCCGCGCUUCAUGCCGGUCAACAUCAAUCUGGACGACGACGAUGAUGAAGACGAAGUCAAGCCCAAGAUAGAGCCGCUGCCGGACUCAGCGUCCAGCUCGUCUGAUGAGUCGGAAGAGGAGCCGCCGCCGCCGCCGCCGCCGCCGCCGCCUCCGCCUCGCGAGCCCACGCCGCCUCGGCGCACGCCGACCCCGCCGCCGCCGCCGCCGCCGCCCGAGACCGUGGCCUGGCUGCCGUACGACAGCGCUCAUGACGCCAGCCUGCCGGAGGCGACCCCGGUCACGAGCACGUUUGAUCUGUACAUCGACGGCGCCCGCUUCAUACCGGAUAAUGCCAUCUUCUGCAAGGUAACCGGGCGUGUGUUCAACUUCAACCUUGGCGGGGAGGCGGAGAAGCUGGACGACAUCCUGGCCUACCCGGUGCUCGGCUCCAACCACCGCUGUCCGAAGUUCACUUUCAAGAUGACACUGAACAAGGACCGUGUCAUCAUCAACCCCGACAUGGUCAUCAUGCUGAGGGUUUACUGCUACGAGGAUCUCAACAGCCAGAUGGUGGUGGUUGGCACGACUCUGGUCGGGCCGUUCGACUCGACCAAAGCCAAGCCGGUGCUGCGUGUUGGCGGCCACCAGCAGCGUAUCCGGGUGGGCCUGCCCAGCUUCGAGGGCGGCGUCAGCAACCUGCUGCCGACGGACAUGGACAGGAAUCCUGUGAUUCCGGGCCUCACGCUGCUGUACAGACUGCUCCCGCACACCGAGAGCGCGGUGGCGGCUCCGGAGUACGAGACGCGUUACUACCACAGCGAGCCGUGCGAGCCGGGCGAGUCGGAAAUCCGCCUGUUCCGGCACUACCUGAGCCGCGACACGGCCAGCAUGACCGUUGGGGACUGGUGCCGCCAGUUGCAGGACCGCGAGCAGAUGCCCCAGUACGUGGACGGGCCACAUCUCCAGUCAUGGAUGGAGAAAAUGCUGGAGGCCAAGAAGGAAAAGGACAAGAAGUCGCCUGUGCCAGACCUCGACCUGCAGAAGUUUAUACACUACGACAUUCAAGUGGGCGUUAGCGUGCUACUGGAACAGGCAUUCGGUCUCCCAGUAUACCUGGACAACCGCUUCACGCUGGCGGUGGUGGAAUACCUGCCCGGCAAGAGCACCAAGGACACGCCAGCCACGGCCGACGGCUACGGCGACCGCGAGGCCGACCGCUUUGUCACGCAGAAGCUGGACCUCAACAGCCUGCAGCGCUCGCCCAACUGGAUGGACCCGCCGACGACGAUCCACCCGCACUACGACAACCAGGCGGCGCUGCUGGUGCGUCUGUAUUCGCUGCCGCUGGAGUACAAGCUCGGCGGCCGUCUGGUGCCCAGAGACGGCGCCGAGUUCAGCCUGUCCCUGGACCAGCCGUCGGCCUGGACCGUGCUCCAGCUGUUCGAGAAGUGA